CUAGCUGGAGGCUAACCUGCUAGCAGCUAACAGUCGGUUUAUUCAUUGGAGAGAUCCAGGAUGCCCCGACACUGCUAGAAAUGUCACAGAAGUGAAAGAAGUCAGGCAGCUGUCUCUGUAUAAGGAAACAGUUGUUUAGAUGAAAUGUUUUACCAACAGAAAAGUCUCGGAGACGCUUCGCAAUGAGCUGGAGUAAAGAAUAAGUUGUUCCGGACGUCUCGGACGAGGAGGUUGUUCGGCUUUGACGCUCACAAGUUUAGACAGCUAGCUGACGCCAGCCACCGUUAGCUGCUGCUAGCUUAGCCUGCUAAGUAAAUACUACCGCUGCCUGUCGGAGGUUACUACAUCUGCGUCAAGAUAACACCCGUGCAGCUAGUGGUCAUUUGUGUCAUCGUUUUGGUGAUCUAACAUUGCGAUUUGCUCCUCCGAGAUGGAUGGAUUUUGUUAUGUGACACACAAAGCUAAUUGGCUAUAGUUAGCAUGUUCGUGUGCUAGCUGACGUUGCCGGGCCAGACAUCAACUUCGGCAGCAGAGUUUCGGGGAGCUAACACGACACUAUUGUCGCUGACAAGCAACCUCUGCUGCUCACAGGAGUCAACCUGCAGUCAUGUCUGAAAUGGAGACACAUAUAUCGUGCCUUUUCCCGGAAAUUUUGGCCAUUAUAUUCAGUUACCUGGACGUUAAAGACAAAGGAAGAGUAGCCCAAGUCUGCGUGGCCUGGAGAGACGCGUCCUACCACAAGUCUGUGUGGAGGGGGGUGGAAGCCAAACUCCAUCUGCGGAGAGCCAAUCCGUCUCUGUUCCCCAGCCUGCAGACCAAGGGCAUCAAGAAGGUGCAGAUCCUCAGCCUGAGGCGAAGUCUGAGUUACGUGAUUCAGGGGGUGCCGCACAUCGAAAGCCUUAACCUGUGUGGAUGUUUCAACCUCACAGACAAUGGUCUGGGACAUGCCUUUGUGCAGGACAUCCCAUCACUGCGGGUCCUGAACCUCAGCCUUUGUAAACAGAUCACUGACUCUAGCCUGGGCAGGAUCGCCCAGUACCUCAAAAACCUGGAGGUGCUUGAACUCGGGGGAUGCAGCAACAUCACAAACACGGGCCUGUUGCUCAUCGCCUGGGGCUUGCACAGACUCAAGAGCCUUAACCUGCGCAGCUGCAGGCAUGUGUCGGAUGUGGGCAUCGGUCACCUGUCAGGUAUGACCCGCAGUGCUGCAGAGGGCUGCCUGUCCCUGGAGAAGCUAACCUUGCAGGACUGCCAGAAGCUGACUGACUUUUCCCUCAAACACGUCUCAAAGGGCCUAAACAAGCUUAAAGUGCUCAACCUCAGCUUCAGCGGGGGGAUAUCGGAUGCAGGGAUGAUCCACCUGUCAAACAUGACCCACCUGUGCAGCCUGAACCUGCGGUCGUGCGAUAACAUCAGUGACACUGGCAUAAUGCAUCUGGCUAUGGGCUCCCUCCGGCUGUCUGGACUUGAUGUCUCCUUCUGCGAUAAGAUCGGGGACCAGAGCCUGGCUUACAUCGCCCAGGGCUUGUACCAGCUCAAGUCCCUGUCUCUGUGCUCCUGUCACAUCAGCGACGACGGCAUCAACAGGAUGGUACGCCAGAUGCACGAACUCAAGACUCUAAACAUUGGACAGUGUGUGCGAAUCACAGACAAAGGGCUGGAGUUGAUAGCUGACCACUUGACCCAGCUGACAGGGAUCGAUCUGUAUGGUUGUACCAAGAUCACCAAGAGGGGUCUGGAGAGGAUAACGCGGCUGCCGUGCCUUAAAGUAUUAAACCUGGGACUGUGGCAGGUGACCGAGAGCGAGAGAAUGAGGUGAAGGCUCUCCUGCUUGGUGGACAUUUCUUUGUGUGUAGUGCUCAGUUGUGUACUGAGAGGGUUUGCCUGUAUCCAUUCUUAAUCCUACCUUCUAUACUGUGACUAAAAAGCAAGGAGAGGGGCUCAGCAUUGAUCACUGGAAUAUUGUUCACCUUCGUUGCAAUACUCCACUCUUACUCUCUUUCA